AUGAACACACCAAUUGGUAAAGAUCUCACAAAUUAAGUGAUUGGAAAGGUUUAUAAAUUAAUAAAAAGAAUUGGAAGUGGUGCUUUUGGAGAAAUUUAUUUAGUGGCUAAAGGAAAAGAAGAAUAUGCCAUGAAACUAGAAAGAAGUGAUACUAAACAUCCAUAAAUUUUUUUUGAGACUAAGUUGUAUAAUUACUUAUAAGGAUCUGAUCCUAGUGAUAAAGGUAUUUGAAUUAUUAACUCAAAGCCAGGAAUUCCUAGAAUAUAUGCUUAAGGCUAAGACGGUGAUUAUAAUUACAUCGUCAUGGAUUUACUGGGCCAAAGUUUGGAAGAAUUAUUCAGUAAAAAUAACAAAAGACUAUCCCUGAAGACUGUAAUUGAUACCAUCUAUCAUUUAGGUGCUUAUGUUGGGUGAUCAAAUGAUUUAACGAAUUGAAUAUAUUCAUACUAAAUAGUUUCUACAUCGUGAUAUUAAACCAGACAACUUUCUAAUUGGUUUAGGUAAGAAGGCUACACGUGUUUACAUUCUUGAUUUUGGAUUGGCAAAAAGAUAUUUAACAAAGGAAGGUCAUAUUCCUUAUAGAGAAGGGAAAAGUUUAACUGGAACUGCUAGAUAUGCUUCUGUAAAUACUCAUUUAGGUUUGGAAUAAUCAAGAAGAGAUGAUUUAGAAUCAUUAGGAUAUGUGCUUAUGUAUUUGCUUAGAGGUCAAUUACCUUGGCAAAAUAUGAAAGCUAAUAAUCAAAAAGAUAAAUAUUAAAGAAUUAUGGAAAAGAAACUUGAAACAUCUCCAGAUUAACUUUGUAAAGGAUUUCCAAUUGAAAUGAGUUAAUAUUUGAAUUAUUGUAAGAAUUUAAAGUUUGAAGACAAACCAGAUUAUAAUUAUUUGAGAGGUCUUUUCAAAGUAUAAAAUUGUAAGUAUUAAAGGAUGCUUUUAAGAAGAUAGGUUUUGAAUGGGACUAUAAAUUUGAAUGGAUCAAAGAUGAAUAAUUAGUUAAGACAUAAUAAGAUAUCUAAUCAGAAAAUAAAUUGAUGAUAAUGACAUAGCCAUUAUAAUAAUAAUAAUAAUAAUAAUAAUAAGGAAUUAGAUCAAAUGGUAUUGAAUCAGAUAAGAAGAUUGGAAAUACUAAUAGUCAUCAUUUCAAUUCUAAUACACAAUAAUUAUAAUCAGGAUAAAGAAGACCUCAAUAAUAGACUAGUAAAGUUUCAUAAUAGUUAUCAGUUGAGAAAAAGAGAACCACUUCUUAAAAUAAAUAGUUCAUUUAAUCUAAAGAAUUAGUCAAACCUGUUACUUAAGUGUUAGCCCCUAAGAUUGUUACUACUAAAGAACCACAUAGAAAAUAUUGAA